CUUUCUCUCUCUUUUUUUUUCUUCUCAUUUAUAUAUAAUUUGUAUAUAUUUUAAUACCAUUUUAUUAUUAUUAUUUUCUCUCUCCUUUCCUUGAUUUUAUAUUUUUUAAAAUACUAAUCUUUUUCAUUUUAAAUAUAAAGAGCGGUAAUGAAACGUUCUUUUGCUGAAGAAGAAGAGGAAGAAAAUAAUCAUAACAAAAAACCUAAAGAAUCGAAACAAGAAGACAAGAUGAGCUUACUAUCAUACGUCCACAGCUUAGUACAAAAUGUAGAACAAGGAAAUAUAGACCAGUGUUUGUCCAAUUCAAUAGAAUCCAAUUCAAUUUACAAGGAAUUAAACGAGAAGGAUGCUGAGUUACUUAAACAACUUGAUUUAAAUUUAAAAAAAAUAGCUCAGCGUCAAUUACAUUUAGAGACUGAAAAUUUAAGGUGUCGUAUCAUGAUUCAGCAACAACAUCAAUUAUUUACUUCCCAUGAUCACGAGGAAAAGUCUAUCAUCACGAGUCAAGCUAAAGAGGAAGGUACGACUCCUGAAGACGAACUGACCUCAAUUCAUGAUUCAUCAUUACUCGACAAAUUGGAAUCUUCUUAUCACCAUGAACCUACAACUUCGACAACUUCAGUUACUACAACAACAGCGAGCUCAUCUAAUAUACCAGAAGGCUAUUUCGCUUCAAACAUUGUUGAUUCCGCUGGCUUAGUCACUUCAAACAACAGCAACAGCAACAGUUCCGUAUCCACCCCUCCCUUCAACAUUUCUUCAGCUGCCAACUUUUACCCUGUCUAUUUUGGAUCCACCAUGUCUCCUCCUGUCUUGGCUUUCCCCGCCGCUACAGUCGAAACAAGUUCAGAUAACAUCGUUUGUCCCGAUUGUGUUAUCCAAGCCGUCGAAGUCGCUUCUCGCGUAUUCAAUGGCGACUUUGGUCGACGCAUUACUUGUAAACAUGAACGCUGCAAUACCUCGGUUGAUUUUGAAUCUAAUGCCCCUAUCAAUACCCUCAAGCAUGCAUUUAAUGCCAUGGUGGAUCGCUUACAAACCGUGGCUGAUGAAGUGAAUUAUGUCGCACAUGAAACUGCCGUCAAGGGCAAACUCGGUGUACAGGCUCGCUGUGGAAAGGAAAUGAAAGGACUUUGGCUUGAUUUUGUGGUCAAUUUGAACAAGAUGACUAGGAACCAUUUGGAACAAGUGAGAGAUAUUGCAGAUGUGUCAACAGCUAUUGCAAAGGGUGACCUUAGUAAAGCAAUGACAGUUCCCGUCAAGGGUGAAACACUACUACUGAAAAACACAUUCAACACAAUGGUCAAUCAAUUAAACAUGUUCGCAUCCGAGGUUUCCAGAGUUGCUCAUGAAGUCGGUACUGAAGGAAAAUUAGGCGCUCAAGCAAAGGUGCAAGGAGCAGAUGGCAUUUGGAAAGAAUUAACGGAUAAUGUAAACACAAUGGCAGCUAACCUGACAAAUCAGGUCAGAGAUAUUGCUCAGGUUUCAAAAUCAGUAGCUCGAGGCGAUUUGACUAAAAAGGUUACUGUUGAAGUCAAGGGUGAAAUGUUGGACUUGAAAAAUACAAUCAAUACGAUGGUUGAUCAAUUAUCAAUAUUUGCUACGGAGGUGACACGUGUUUCCCUCGAAGUCGGAACUGAAGGUAAACUAGGCGGACAGGCAAUUGUCAAGGAUGUUGCAGGUACCUGGAAGGAUUUGACAGAUAAUGUCAACAUGAUGGCUUCCAAGAUUACAGAUCAAGUCAGAGAUAUCGCGGUUGUCGCCAAAGCAGUUGCACAGGGUGAUUUAUCGAAAAAGGUCAAGGCAAACGCCCAGGGUGAAGUGCUGGAAUUGAAAAAUACAAUGAAUAAGAUGGUCGACCAGUUGAAUCUGUUUUCUGCAGAAGUCAGACGUGUAUCACUCGAAGUAGGUGUUGAAGGAAAAUUAGGUGGACAGGCCGUCGUCAAGGACGUCGGUGGUACCUGGAAAGACUUGACAGAUAACGUCAAUACGAUGGCUGCCAAUUUGACAACACAAGUACGUUCUAUUGCGGAGGUCACGAAGGCUGUUGCCAUGGGUGACUUGUCCAAAAAGAUUGAAGUAGAGACCCGUGGCGAAAUUUUGGAUUUGAAGAAUACGGUCAACAUGAUGGUAGACCAGUUACGAGUAUUUGCAUCCGAAGUCACCCGUGUUGCUAGAGAAGUUGGCACUGAAGGCAAACUUGGCGGGCAGGCAAGGGUGCCCAAUGUGGACGGCACAUGGAAAGAUUUGACAGAUAAUGUCAACACAAUGGCCACCAAUCUUACUACGCAAGUGCGGUCAAUUGCUGUUGUGACCAAAGCAGUUGCUAAUGGUGAUCUGUCGAAAAAGAUCGAAGUGGACGUAUCAGGAGAAAUCUCGGAUUUGAAGGAUACGGUCAAUAACAUGGUGGAUCAAUUACGUGUGUUUGCGUCCGAAGUCACCCGUGUCGCUAGAGAAGUAGGCACAGAGGGUAAAUUAGGUGGUGAAGCUAUCGUGCCAACUGUCAGUGGCACUUGGAAGGAUUUGACAGAUAAUGUCAAUACCAUGGCUGCUAAUUUGACGACUCAAGUACGUUCUAUUGCAGAGGUUACAAAAGCGGUAGCAAGAGGCGACCUUUCAAAAAAGAUUGAUGUUGAGACUCAAGGCGAAAUCUUGGAUUUGAAAAAUACGGUCAAUGACAUGGUGGAUCAAUUGAGAGUAUUUGCAUCCGAAGUCACUCGUGUCGCUCGUGAAGUUGGUACAGAGGAGAGUGGUGGUGAAAUCCUUGAUUUGAAGAAUAUCGUAAACUCUAUGGUUGACCAGCUUCGUAUUUUUGCUUCCGAAGGUGUUGCCGGAACUUGGAUGGAUUUGACUGACAAUGUAAACACUAUGGCUGCUAACUUGACAACACAAGUUCGUUCAAUUGCUGAAGUAACCAAGGCUGUUGCUCUUGGUGAUUUGUCCAAAAAGAUCGAAGUAGAAAGUGGUGGCGAAAUCCUUGAUCUAAAAAAUAUUGUCAACAACAUGGUUGACCAACUACGUAUCUUUGCCUCUGAAGUCACGCGUGUAUCAAAGGAAGUAGGUACAGAAGGUAAACUCGGUGGACAGGCCGUUGUCCAAGGUGUGGCCGGAACCUGGCUAGACUUGACUGAUAAUGUGAACAACAUGGCUGCUAAUCUAACCUCACAAGUGAGAUCUAUUGCUGAAGUAACAAAAGCCGUUGCGAAUGGUGACCUUUCGAAAAAGAUUCAUGUAGAAACUCGUGGAGAAAUUCUUGAACUCAAGAUUACUGUUAAUUCUAUGGUGGAUCAACUAAGAGAAUUUUCUUCUGAAGUCACCCGUGUAGCUCGUGAAGUCGGUACAGAAGGCAAGCUAGGUGGCCAAGCCAAUGUAAGGGGAGUUGCUGGCACCUGGAAGGAUUUGACAGACAAUGUGAACAUCAUGGCUGCCAAUUUAACGACUCAAGUGCGUUCAAUUGCAGAGGUAACAAAGGCGGUAGCCAAGGGCGAUCUAUCCAAAAAGAUUGAAGUAGUGACUCGAGGCGAAAUUCGUGAACUAAAAGAAACUGUAAACGACAUGGUUGACCAAUUGCGUGUAUUUGCUGCAGAAGUCACCAGAGUAGCGCGUGAAGUAGGAACUGAAGGUAUGCUAGGCGGUCAAGCUACAAUUGUUGGGGUAGAUGGUACUUGGAAGGACUUGACCGAUAACGUCAAUUUAAUGGCAAGUAAUCUUACCGAUCAACUUCGUGCUAUUGCUGCCGUCUGUAAAGCAGUAGCUCAAGGCGACCUAUCGAAAAAGAUUGAAGUUGAAGUACACGGUGAAAUUGCUGAACUCAAAAACACAAUCAAUACCAUGGUGGAUCAACUAAGCUCGUUUGCUUCAGAAGUAACGCGUGUUGCGCGCGAAGUGGGUAUAGAAGGAAAGCUGGGUGUUCAGGCUCAAGUCAUGGACGUUGAAGGUGUAUGGCGUGAAAUCACUAGUAAUGUCAAUACAAUGGCUUCGAAUUUGACGACGCAAGUCCGUGCGUUUGCUCAGAUUGCAACUGCAGCUGCCACAGAAAACGACUUUUCUCAGUUAAUCACGGUUGAAGCCUCUGGUGAAAUGGAUUCCCUAAAGACAAAGAUUAAUCAAAUGGUUGGAUCUCUACGUGAUGCUAUUCAAAAGAACAGGCUAGCCAGGGAGGCAGCUGAGUUGGCUAAUCGAUCAAAGAGUGAAUUUUUGGCCAACAUGAGUCAUGAAAUUCGAACACCCAUGAAUGGUAUCAUUGGUAUGACGUCCCUGACGCUAGAGACAGAGUUAACCCGACAGCAAAGAGAGAACUUGAUGAUUGUCUCUAGUCUGGCUAAUAGCCUGCUGACUAUUAUUGAUGAUAUUUUGGAUAUUUCAAAGAUUGAAGCUGGUAGAAUGACUAUUGAAUCUAUUCCAUUCUCGCUUCGAUCUGCCAUAUUCAGUGUGUUGAAGACAUUGGCUGUGAAGGCCAAUCAGAAAAAGCUUGAUCUCAUUUACCAUGUGGAUAAGGCUAUACCAGAUCAAGUUAUUGGUGAUCCUUUGAGGCUUCGACAAGUCAUUACAAACUUGAUUGGCAAUGCUGUCAAGUUUACAACUCGUGGAGAGGUUGUCUUGCGCACAAGAGCAGUUCAUAUGACAAAUGAACUAGUUCGACUGGAAUUGUGUGUCAGUGAUACUGGUAUAGGUAUACAAGAAGAUAAACUUCAUGUUAUUUUUGAUACCUUUUGUCAAGCCGAUGGUAGUACCACUCGUGAAUAUGGUGGAACUGGAUUAGGUCUGUCUAUCUCUAAACAUCUUGUACAACUGAUGGGUGGUGACUUGUGGGUUGAAUCCAAGUAUGGACGUGGUUCUGAAUUCUUCUUUACUGUAAACCUACUUCGCUUUAAUGUAGACGAGAGAGAAGUGGUGGAUAAGGUUCGUCGCUUUAAAAAUCGACGUAUCUUGUUUGUGGAUAGUAUGAACGACCACAGUGGUGUCAUGGACAAGAUUACAAUGUUGGGUCUUAAGCCUUACCGCGUUCAAAGUAUUGAAGAAGCUACGACAAUCGCAAAUGCUAACGCGAACAAGAGCAAGCAUGCUCCCUUCUUUGAUACAGUGAUCAUUGAUCAAAUGUCUUUGGCUGAGAAGAUUCGUGAAAUUGUACCGCUACGAUAUACCCCCGUUGUAUUAAUAGCUCCUGAGGUGCACAACUUGAAUAUGAAACUAUGCAUUGAUCUCGGCAUCACCGGCUACAUCAAUUCUCCUCAAAACCUUGCCGAUAUGUCCGAUGUGAUGCUUCCAGCGUUAGAAAGUCAUGUUGCACUUCCAAGCGAUGCCUCAAAGACUGUACCCCUGGAAGUUUUGUUGGCUGAGGAUAAUGAUGUGAACCAGAAACUUGCGGUGCGAAUAUUAGAAAAGUUUGGACAUCAUGUUACGGUAGUUGCCAACGGUAAAUUAGCAGUAGAAGCAUAUGAGAAUCAAUAUUUCGACUUAAUUCUUAUGGACGUUCAAAUGCCUGUGAUGGGUGGAUUUGAAGCAACACAAAAGAUUCGAGAGAUCGAAAAGGCUUCUAAUACAAAUAGACAUAUCCCUAUUAUCGCGUUAACAGCUCAUGCCAUGAUUGGCGAUAGAGAAAAAUGCCUUGAAGCAGGCAUGGAUGAAUAUGUUACAAAACCACUGAGAUUCCCAGAACUCAUUGCAGCUAUCAAGAAGUUUGCUCCACAGUCAGCACAUGUGUUGGUUGACCCAAAAGCAAAGUCAUCAAAAAAGUAAGAAAUUGUAUUUUUUCAUUCCUCUGCCCAGGUUCGGCAUAAGUGCAUAUAUGUUUAUUUGUUAUAUUAUUAUUUUCUUAAGCGCAAUUGUUUAAUUAAAAAAUUUAUCUUGAUUGGUAUUUGUACUUUGUUAAGAAAAAGAGCGAGAUAAUUUGAUAGUAAAAUAUCAUUUCCUUUUAUUAGAUGAAUCAUUCGAAACAGACGAAAAGAACGAAUAGAUUAAGCAGGUUUGAUUUCGAACAAUAUUUGGUAAAGAAAGGCGUGUCCUAAGAAAUGACACAGCAACCAGAAGGUGGUUUUUCGGUUCCAGGAGGAAGAGGAAUGUCAGUACCAAAGCAGUAGUCUUCAGGAAUAAGUCGGAAAUUCAUGGCGUAUUUGACGAUAUGAG